AUGCGGCGUGAUGGUACAUUUACUGCGUACUGUAAUUACAUUUGUAAUAACUCCAUAUUCUCUCAAUUCCAGAGGCUGACACUGCACCUAGCGGUGGUGCUGCUGGCGCUGCAGCAGACAUGCGCGGAGCCCGACAUCUCCAGCUUCCCCAACCAGAACUACGCCGUCUUCGGCGCCCCCAUCCGCGCAGACCUCGACGAGGACGGCUACUUCUACCCCAAGCCGAAGAUACCCUUCCCGCAGCCGCAGAACCAGAAUAAUAUCUACGUGCCGCAGCCGACACAAGGAUAUGUUUAUGAGAGGCCUACCGUACCUUUCAACCCGCCGACUAGGCCUCCCCCACCGCCACCUCCGCCGCCAACGAGGCCUCCGCCGCCACCGACAAGGCAAACUCCACCUCCGACCAGACCAACGCCUCCGCCAACUAGACCACCGCCGCCGCCGCCGCGGCCAACGCAAGGCUACGUUUACGAGCGGCCCAGUAUACCUUUCAACCCACCAACCAGACCCCCUCCACCCCCACCUACAAGACCGCCCCCACCACCACCAACAAGACCUCCGCCUCCACCCCCAACAAGACCACCACCACCCCCCACUUAUUCCACACAGCUCCCCGUCUCAAGAACCACUGGAUACAAUUACCCUAAACCCAGCAUCCCAUUCACUUUCCCAACACCCCCAACCACUGCUCGUACUUUUCCUCCAUCUACUUAUUUACCCCCUAUUCCAACUACACGGAGACCACCACCCCCAUCCACCUACUUGCCCCCAGUAACAACUACUAGGAGACCACCCCCUCCAUCCACCUAUUUGCCCCCAGUAACAACUCCUCGUCCAACUCCCCCGCCAACCACAAGAAGAACUCCACCCCCCUACACCUACCCCACGCCAAGCGUAACCUUUACGAUCCCUACUACUAGGCGCCCUUUGCCUCCUUCCACAUACUUACCCCCCACAACCAGAAGACCAUUGCCACCCUCUACUUACCUACCUCCAGUAACCACACCUCGUCCAACCCCACCACCUACAACUAGGCGACCGACUACUGCUUAUCUACCCCCAGUAACUACGCCAAGACCCACCCCACCUACAACUCGCAGAACACCACCCCCAACCACAAGACCACCACCGACCUACUCCACAAUACUAUACCCUACUAGAACCACAGGUUACAACUACCCCACACCAAGCGUCACCUUCACUUACCCAACUACGGCUAGAACUUUCCCUCCUUCCACCUAUCUACCUCCCACUACCCCUAGGAGACCAUUACCACCCUCUACUUACUUACCACCAGUAACUACGCCUAGGCCCACACGUCCACCGACAACAAGGCCUCCACCACCCCCAACCACGAGGCCCACACCGCCCCCUACCACGAGGCCUACGCCACCGCCCACCACACGCCCCCCACCCACAUACUCCACCCAACUCCCACAGACUAGAACUACAGGCUAUUACUACCCUCAGCCCUCAAACCCCUUCACAUACCCCACCAGACCACCAGUGUACAUCCCACCGUCCACAACCCGAGCUCCUCCAAUCUAUUUACCUCCGUCAACCACGGCGCCCCCAGUAUACCUUCCCCCAUCUACCACGAGACCUCCAUACAUCCCACCGUCAACAAGGCCACCCAUUUACAUACCGCCUCCAACAACCAGAGCUCCCCCAAUCUACUUACCCCCUUCUACCACCAGGGCACCUCCAGUAUACAUCCCCCCGUCUACAACACGAGCACCCCCAAUCUACAUUCCUCCUUCCACGACCAGAGCUCCCCCAAUCUAUUUACCCCCAUCGACAACCCGAGCCCCCUUUAUCGAAGACCAAGGCUACUUCUACGACAAACCGCGAGUACCAUUCUUUUUCUAAGUUAGAUAAAAGUACCUAAAUAUAUUCACAGUUGCCAUAAAUGUGAUACCAAAAAGUACUUUUCUUAGUACUUUGAAGUAAGGUUUGUUAUUAGGUCUGGGUUUGAGGCCUAAAAUUUGUUUUAACGAUGUAUAAUAAUUACGAACGAGCUUAUACUCUGUCAAAAUAAAGAAUUCAUUA